AUGCCCCCGGUCUCCGCUCUCUCCCACCCAGACCUACAGGAUGACAACCAGACAUGGGUAGAGUUUGAGGAGACUCCCCCGAUGUCCACCUACCUGUUGGUGCUGAUCAUGUGUGACUACCUGACUCUGAGCGACAGCGUCACGAACAACUCCGUGUGGGCCCCCAGGAGCCGUCUUCACGAGGCUCAGUUGGCACUCAACGUCAGCAUAGCAGUGCUGGAGCAUUGCGAGAGAAAGGAAGUCCUUUUGUGGGAGGAAGGAGUGUCGACAUGGGGCCAGAAGGAAAUGAUAACUUACAUAAUCUGUCACGAGGUCGUACACCAAUGGCUGGGCGACUUGGUCACCACGGCGUGGUGGAACACUACUUGGCUCAACGAGGGCGUAGCUACGUUCUUCCAUUUCUACGUUAUUGAUAAGAUGCAACCGACAUGGAAAGUAUUCGACAACAUAUUCGUUACUCAGCUCUACAUGAUUUUAGCUGUUGAUACCACCAAAGAGCAGAAACCGCUGACGAACAAUGAGCCAUUCCCACAAGAAUCGAUAGGGAGCGCUGCCUUCAGCGAGGUCACUUACCUUAAAGGUGCUGCAAUAAUGAGAAUGGUUUUCUACUUAAUGGCUCCAGACAUCUUUAGAGAAGCAAUCGUACAAUACGUAACAGAUAAUGAAUACGGGUCAGUAGAUGAAGAAGACUUGUGGCAAAGUUUUGCAGCAGUGUCAGAUCUUUCGGUGGAUCUUCAGUCCGCCAUGUACACUUGGACCCACCAGUCUGGUUAUCCUUUGGUAACGAUUCAGCGCGAUCAUCGUGGAUGCAUCUCUGUUAAGCAGGAGAAAUAUCUGGCCAAAGAUGAUACAAACGCACGUUGGACGAUCCCUCUUACUUUCACGACAUCAUCUGAACUGGACUACCAAUAUCCAGAGACCACGUGGCUAAUGGAAGACCAGGAACACAUGGACCUGGGAGAGUGUCUCGAACCUGACGAUUGGAUCAUCUUAAACAUUCGUCAAUCCGGAUAUUACCGAGUAAAUUACGACCCGGUAACCUGGCGGGUCCUGACUCACGACCUGCAGAACUGUGACUUGUCCGAUAUUCAUCCUGUGAACCGAGCCCUGCUGCUGCACGAUAGCUUCGACCUGGCGCGCCACGGGUACCUGGACUACUCGGUCCCCUUUCAGUUGGCUCGGUACUUGACCAGAGAGACGGAAUACCUGCCUUGGUACGUGGCCAUACAGGAGCUGAGCUGGUUACGGGCCCGCCUCCACAACACUGGUACACUUCUGUCACUUCAGCACUUUUCUCUAAACCUGGUAGAGAAAUGAUGUUUAGUCGAAUCGUGUUCUCUGGAGAUGCAGGAGGGCUGCUCCAGGAGCUCCACCGCAAGCAGAUUUUAGAGUUCCGCCUGUGGGCUGCGGCAUCCCCGAUGUGUCAAG